GAAAAGCUCAGUCAAGUUUUGUGAGUCGAAGGAGGCACACCAGUUUGACCGUGCUCAGACGACUACACGACUACCGACACGUUGUUUUUUUAUUAGUGGAUAUUUCUACCGCAUUCUUUCGGUAUUGAGGAGCUAUAUACGCAGACAAGUGACCCACAAAGUGACCCAGGCGCUGUCGCUUUAAAGCGAACACCUCCCCUCCCCCCAAUAUUGGAGCCCCCCCCAAUCGCCCAGAUAACAUGGACGGAUUCUAUGACCAGCAAGUCCCAUUUAUGGUCCCACCCAGUCACAAGUCCCAUGUGGAGGAACCCUCUCACAGCAGGCCCCUGAACGACAGGAAGAGGAAGUUUGUUGACACAGAGCUCGCUCAGGACACAGAAGAACUCUUCCAAGACCUCAGUCAGCUGCAGGAGAUCUGGAUAGCAGAAGCCCAGGUGCCCGAUGACGAACAGUUUGUCCCAGAUUUCCAGUCGGAUAGCUUGAUGUUUCAUGGCCCGCCACCAGCCAAGAUCAAGCGAGAGCUGACUCCCCACAAAGAGCUGUCUCCCUGUCGCCAGGACAGGAGUCCCAUGCCCUACGGAGAGAAGUGCCUUUACAGCUACAGUGCCUGUGACAGGAAGCCCACUCCUGGGUUCAAGCCAUUAACUCCCCCCUCAACACCAGUCUCUCCUUGCGGCCCCACCAGCACAGCAGGAACACACCCACUGAGUGAGCAGACCCCCCCUCCUCACGCCCAUGUAGCCAACCCGACCCCAGUGCCGCGUCCAGUGCACCUACAGCAGGCGCUAACGGUGAGCGCAGGGUCUCCCAACCAGCAGGUGCUCCAAGGCCACAGCCACAGCCCACCCUUCGCUGUGCCCUGCGCACCCAUCAGCCAGGAUGCCAACACCUUCUCACCUGAGCACAGGUUCCAGAGGCAGAUGUCAGAGCCAUGCCUACCUUUCCCCCCAUCAGAGAGUCAAGGUCGCCCCCAGUACCUGCCUCAGGCUGCCAAUAACAACAGCACACUGCCACGAGACAGCCGGCCACCGUACCAUCGGCAGAUGUCAGAGCCAUUGGUAGCCGUGCCUCCCCAGGGUUUUAAGCAAGAGCUCAUCGACCCACGAUACACCGAGCAGGGUGUCCCCACCAUGGGCCCCCCAGGUCCACCCCAGGGCCCUCCGCGUCAGGCCGCUUUCCACCCCAUGGCCAUCAAGCAGGAGCCUCGUGACUUUUGCUUCGAUUCUGAAGUGCCUAACUGUCAGUCAUCGUUUGGGAGAGCGGGGAGCUUCUACCAAAAUAACCAUGAAAGCUUCUCCUUUGACAGAGAUCCUCAGCUGUACUUUGACGAUACCUGUGUGGUCCCUGAGAGACUAGAAGGUAAAGUGAAACAGGAGCCCUCUGUCUAUCGUGAUGGCCCCCCCUACCAGCGCCGUGGCUCCCUGCAGCUCUGGCAGUUCCUCGUCACGUUACUGGACGACCCAGCCAAUGGCCACUUCAUAGCCUGGACUGGUCGCGGCAUGGAGUUCAAGCUCAUUGAGCCUGAGGAGGUGGCUCGCCGCUGGGGCAUCCAGAAGAACAGACCGGCCAUGAACUACGACAAGCUGAGCCGCUCGCUGCGUUACUACUAUGAGAAGGGCAUCAUGCAGAAGGUAAAGGUGGCUGGUGAGAGGUACGUGUACAAGUUUGUGUGCGACCCCGAGGCUCUCUUCUCCAUGGCCUUCCCUGACAACCAGAGGCCCAACCUGAAGGCCGACCCGGACAGCCUGCCAGGGCUGGACGAUGACACCGUGCCCCUCACCCACUACGACGACACCGCCCCCUACCUGCUGGACGCCGGGGAGCAGUGCGUGGCAGGCUUGCCCUUCCCGGACGGCUACAGCUACUAGCGAGACGCAGACUCCUGAUGCACAACACACAUGUUACACGCAAACACUCCCAAAGUCUCUCGACACCCACUCUUAAAAUCCAGAGCUGGAACUGCAGAGGUGCUUGGAAGGGGGAAGAAAAACCCUUGCGCUCCGCUUCCUUCACGGUUCCCCCUCUCCUGCUCCCUGGAAAACCUUCAUAAGACUCUGCAAGCUCCAAAGCUAAGAACGAAUGAGGGGAAAAACCUGCGACAGCUACACCGUAUGAGAGAGAGAGAGAGAGAAAGAGAGAGAAGGGAGGAGAGGGUUGUAAAACCGUUGAGGGUGAACUGGACUCGGCCGCUCUGCCCACCUUACAAGCUUCCUAAAGUAAGGCGAGUGGCUGCUGUUGCUACAGAGACCAAACGAAGCAAGGCCUACACGCCACCAACUUUUAAAAAAAACGGACAUACCCCCCCUCCCCCCCUUUGUACAAGACUGAAAGAGUUGUUACAUUUCUGAGUUUGUGACAAUCUGCUUUUCUUAAAAACAAUCAAAUAUGAGUAAAAUCAGUAAAAAUUGAAAGAGAUAUUCUAAAUGCAGCACUAUUCUAUAGAUGCCUUUUUGGGUCCCUCCCAUCUUCAUGUCGCCACAUCUAAACUACAAGAUCCGUGAAAGGGCUUUAAUUUGCAAAGACGGAUUGACAAAAACACACAACAUAUUCUACAGCCACUAAUCAGUUUGUUUCCUGUAGAUAGGACUACAUUUUUUUUUUUUUAAUAUGCCAGCUGUUCUGUUUUGUUUGAGACUUUAGAGACCCAGAACUCUCAGGUUUCUGGGGCGUUGCUGUAUUUCAGGCUAGUUGGUUGGGCUGCUCUCUCGUGUAAAUGUUCUUUAAUCGCUCUGCCCGCGUACGCUUCCCUUUAGAGACUGCACCCCACGGUAGGAGCCCACAGUCUAUACAGUACACUCCUCUCAUGUCCGCUGCAUCACUGCUGGGUCCUUGACUAGCACUCCCCAUCUCCUCCAUUUCAAAAGGGAUACAUAACACGAGUACAUAUUUUCCCAGAGGCGCUGAUAAUUCAUAAAAGCCUGAGAAGUUAUUAUGUAUGAUAAAUGGUCACAUUUUGUAUUUCUGUCUGGGUGCUUCAUGUUUCCUCGGCAGUGUACUAGUUCCUCUGAUGCACCAGUAUGGCAGGAGCAUCAGGACGUUGCAUGCAAAAAAACACAAAAUAAGAAGGGUGACAUUUUUGACACCUUCUUUUGGACACCUCUCUGCCAAUCACAAGAUGUCGACGGGAGACUUCUGCUUCUCUUUGCAUGGUGUAAUCAGUCAAGACUGUGUGUCCACUAACAUAUCGCUUUACCGUCUUUGGACAAAGAAGAUAUUUGUGAUAUUCUCUGCAUUUUUUUUCUGUGUUCAUUAUCUAUGUUUCUGAAUGGGGGCAAAGACAAACGUAUAUAAAGUAUAUAUUUUUGCUAUAAGGCUGCAUUUGUUUUGAUUUUAAUGUAUAAGCUGUAUAGUUGUGGCUCUAAUAGACAUGUACCUUUUUAAAAACCAAUCUGGAUCCUUACGACGCUACUACUGCAGACUGUUUCUUUAAGAGGAGGCUGGGGUGUUGGGUUGGAGAAUGGAAGCUGUAUCUUGUGUACCUGUUGUGAGUGUGUGUGCGUGUGUGUGCGCGUGUGUGUGUGCGUGGCCAGAGUUCCAGCAAAGGCCACAGUGAAGACACACAUUAUAUCAUGAGAUCCACCCCCAGGCACGGGGGAUUGUCUGCACUUGUAUAGGCUUCAGUCCCCUCCCCCUCACAAUGUGUUUCUUACACUGCUGAGUUUAUUAUAAUCUGUACUGGGUACAAUAAACGGUCCUUUAUGCUUCA